GGAUUGAGGUGGACCAUGAAGUUAUGGGACAGUCUGACCACUUGUUUGAUUCUGCUGAGCGCCGUGCGCACCAGCCCGCUGCUCCGGGACCAGCGCCAGUCAGUGUCCUCCUCCGAGAGCCCCCUGGAGCUCCCCCCGGUUCGGAUCCGCCUGUCGGUCGCUUCCUCGGGCAUCAGCCGCUCUGAUGCAGACACGGCGGGCUGGAGGGACACGCUGGCUGCUGGAGAGAAAUACACCAUGGAGGAGCCCCUUCCCGGUGACUUUGAAGAUCUGGUGGAAUUUAUCAAAGUGACCAUCGGUAGAAGACGUCGCUCCUCCACCUCCACCGUGUCCUCAUCUACCUCUUCUUUCUCCACCACCUCCUCCCCCUCCAAAGAAAACUUGAGCGGCAGCACUCGGCACAGAAGGGAGCGAAAGAAAGGGGCGAGCCAGCAGCAAGGUAAAGGAGGAAGAGGAGGAGCUAGAGGCGGAGGGACAGGCCGGAAGGUGAGAGUAGGAGGAGGCAGAGGACAGGGCUGCGUGCUAAAACAGAUCCACCUCAACGUGACGGACCUGGGUCUGGGCUACCGCUCCGGCGAGGAGAUGAUAUUCAGGUACUGCUCGGGACCCUGCAGGAAGUCCGAGACCAACUACGACAAAAUCCUCUACAACCUCGCUCACAACAGACGGUUUCCUCCCAAGGACACGCCCCCUCAGGCUUGUUGUCGGCCAAUAGCGUUUGACGAUGAUCUCUCGUUUCUGGACGACAACCUUGUGUACCACACGAUGAAGAAGCACUCUGCCAGGAAGUGUGGUUGCGUGUAG